GCUGUUUCCACCCGGAACUUCCUAGAAGCGACACCGGAGUACAGUACAGCAGCAUUCCGGCUAGAUUUGCUGCUAGCCACAGUGGAUCUGCUGCUUUUGACGGGAUGUGGAUAUAGAUGACCGUUUCACCUGCUUGUAACCUCCCCUCUCCGAAGAUGUGCCGCUAAAAAUGCGAUAAAUAUUGCACCUAUAGUGAGUUUGGAGACGCUCUCGUCAUCCCAGUUGUCAUGGAGAAGCCGUGGAGGUUAUGGGGCGUACUGGAGGCAUGUUUGCUGACCGUGUGCGCGUGGUCGUGGGGAGCAUGCCGCGUUUCCCUGCUGGCCCUCAUUCUGACCUUCCACCUGUACGGAGGCUUCAUACUGCUGGGACUCAUUUUAGCAUCUGUGGCUGGAAUCUUAUACAAGUUCCAGGACGUGCUGCUCUACUUUCCUGAUCAGCCCUCGUCUUCGCGCCUUUACGUUCCCAUGCCGACGGGAAUCCCGCAUGAGAAUGUCUACAUCCGCACCAAAGACGGCGUGCGGCUCAACCUCAUCCUGCUCCGUUACACUGGUGAAAACCCCGCCUCCGCACCCACCAUUUUGUAUUUCCAUGGCAAUGCAGGGAACAUAGGCCACCGCGUGCCUAACGCGCUGCUCAUGCUGGUCAAUCUGAAGGCCAACGUGGUGCUGGUGGACUACAGAGGCUACGGAAAGAGCGAUGGAGAACCUAGCGAGGAGGGACUUUACCAGGAUGCCGAGGCCACUUUGGAUUACAUCAUGACCCGGCCGGACAUCGACAAGACGAAAGUGGUGUUGUUCGGUCGGUCGCUGGGGGGCGCGGUUGCCAUACGUCUGGCUUCGGGCAACCCGCAUCGAGUGGCCGCCAUCAUGGUGGAGAACACUUUCCUGAGCAUCCCGCACAUGGCGGCCACACUGUUCUCGUUCUUUCCCAUGCGUUACCUGCCCCUCUGGUGCUACAAGAACAAGUUCCUGUCCCAUAGACAUGUGACGCUGUCCCGAAUGCCGUCUCUCUUCAUCUCCGGCUUAUCAGACCAACUCAUCCCGCCGGUAAUGAUGAAACAGCUGUACGAAUUGUCUCCGUCUCGGACUAAACGCCUUGCCAUCUUUCCGGAGGGUACGCAUAAUGACACCUGGCAGUGCCAGGGUUAUUUCACCGCUCUGGAGCAGUUUAUGAAGGAACUGCUCAAAAGCCAUGCCAGAGAGGAGACGGCCCAGAGCUCGACUAACGUCACUAUAAUCUAAAACAAGAACUGCUUUGAAUCUGAACCCUCUCGGAUCGAAUGUACAACUUAUCCUUUUGUUUUAUUUCUCUUCUGCUCUUUUCAUUGAUGCACCAAGAAUUUAUUUGUUAGCAUUUCAUUUAUGUAGUGAUGAAGACUACUGAACAUCUUCAGGAGUUUUGAUGAUUUCUUAGUCCUUUGUAAUUUACAUAUAAAGACACCUUAACGUAUAUUAAAUGCCCCACCACUUGCAAGUAUAAAUACUGGAAAAGAAAGUUGGAUUGGAUUCAUUGCGGCUAUAUAAAAACACUGUAUAUUUAACACUUUACAAUAAGGUUCUAUGCAACAGCAUUUAUCAAUCCUGGUUCAUCUAGUAUAUUCAUAAAUAUACUAUUGUUUUUUGUUAAUGUCAGUUUUCAAUGCUUAAAAAAAAUUUUUUUUUAACUGUAUAUGUAGGAAAAAACAUUAAAGGAAUAGUUCAUUUAUUUAGAUAUGAAAUUGACUCAUGACUCCCCUUCCUCAGUUGAACACAAACAAAUCUUUUUGGAUGAAACUAAAAAUUCAUAUUUGGGUUGACAACUCAUUUAACCAAGCUUAAAGGCGGGGUGUCCGAUUUCUCUUAGCCGUUGUUGAUGUUCAAAUCACCAAAACAAACACACCCCCAUCUUUCGCUUUCGUCAGCGCUCGGCUAAUGUCCGUACUGUGCACCUUGCUGCUGAUUGGCUACAAGGUUGUUUUGGUACUCGGCCCGACUCGGUUGUCUAAAGCGUAAUUCGGAAAUCGGUUACCCCGCCUUUAAGAAAUGCUGUAAAAGCAUUGUUCAUUAAAACAUGGCCUUACUGUAAAGUGUUAUAAUUUCCCCUUUUUGUAUUUGUGUUUUUGUUACAGAACAGAGUGCUCAGAUAUAUUUAGAAUCGUUUUUGCCUUUAAAAAGUAAUGAUUUAGUUAGGAUCGGGGCAACUGAUCCCAUUUCAUCUUUGUCUACAGCAUUUCAUGCAUUCAAGUUUACUGUACUCGCUUGUAACGUCAGAGCUUUAUUUAUCUCACUGCCUUCUUUUUUCACUGAAGGUUUAAAAUCCACUCAGGAAAUCGGCUCAUUGUGGUUCAAUCUCAUGUUUUGGAUUUGCAUGUGGAGCUGUGUGUGAGAAGUGCAGAUGUGGGCUGCAGUACACUGUGAGCGCUGAACAAAAAUGCCAUCACAAAAAGCCUGAAGUAUCUUUUGUCUCUAUCUCUCAGGCUUGGAGAUCUUUUAAAAAGAAGAGUGAAAUCGUACACAACAGCUGCUUGACAGUGUUCCAAGCACAGUCCAUUUGCACAAGUUGUAAAUAUAACGUUUCCCCUUUUUUAAUCAGGGCAAGUGCUUAUCAUCAAAUCUCUGCCGAUGACCUGUUUUCAUUUGGAUCAUGUUUGAAAAGCUAGCUUAAUAUUUCUGACUGUUGCGAUGUAUUCACAAAUUUUGUCACUGUUUUCAGUUCCAUACAAAUAUUUUUUUAUCUACAAUCAUCACGUGAGAAAUUUUGAAGAAUGUUGAUAUCUUUCUCAAUGAUGAAAGUAAAUAAUUAUUACCUAAAAUCUUUCUCUCCUAAUUUCAAUGUCACGAUUGAUCACAAGGCAUGCGAGGGCCAUUGGCAUUCCUCAUCACUGAUGUCAUAUCGAGCAUGACAUGUCUUGACCUCAUAUUUGAAUACACGUGAGCUUAAAGCUGCACUCCGUAACUUUUGACUCUCUAUCGCCAUCUCUGUUAAAAAUAAAAUUGCAGGUCACUUUACGUAUUUAUCUUAAAGAGUACAUAACUAGGGAUUUUUAAGGUCCUACUUUGGUUUAUGGAGUGUCCAACAACAAGUUUACGUACAUAGAAGGUGUAAAAACACUGUUAUUUUGUAAUAAUAGGCAGUUAUUCUUACCUUACUUCUUGACUGACUCUCAAGUGAUUCGUUCCGCGAUCUAUCUGUCUAAUCCCCUUCUUUACACUAGCCUGGUCUGAUGUGAUUGGUCAGAUGGUCUAGUCGGCUGUGAUUGGUCUACCGCGAAUGAGGCUCACGAGCUACAGUGUUUGGGGGAGAAGAGUGAAGUUUUCGCGGGCAGUCCUAGUAAAACGUUGGCGGGGACUAUAUGUAGUGACGUAAAUCUGCGGCGGUUCGCGAAUCGGACUAGGGACGACUCGUUUGCAUGAUUCAGAGUCGACGCCCUUUUUUCCAAGCUAAUUUGUUAUUCAUUCACCUUCGGAUUUACAACUUGGCAGACUGCUUACAUUCAAACACGGCAACAUUACACACUGCAUGAAAUGUUAUGUACAUGAUCUCAUGUUAUGUACUCUUUAAGGACAGCUGAAGUCAAAUGACAUCAAACUUACAUUUCCUGUAAAAUGGUACCUGACCGCUCAACUUAUAAGUCGUUAUUAUAAGCAAAUUAGGAUACGAUAAAGAGGGAGUUUUGAACAUUUAUUUUUAACCAAAAAAAUACGGAUUGCAGCUUUAGAAGAAUAUUGGCGAAGGAAAAGAUUUGAACUACUUGAGUUAUGUUGUUCAUACAAAAAUAUUAUCUGGCUCCAUAUGUACAGCUGCGGAAAAAAACAAGAGAGCAUUCCAAAUGUUCAUUUAAGCAGGAUUUCUAGAAGUACUGUGGGCAUUCCAGUCCAAUGUCUGUUGAAUUUCAAACGAAAUCAAACGUCAGGAGUGACAUAAAGUCAUCCAACUGCAAUGUGAAGGACUGACAGCAUGACAAGACAUAUGAAACUGUGAUCAAAAUUUAGGUUAUCACACAAAAAAAUAUUUUUUUACUUUUCCUAAACACAAAAAUUACCGUUUUGCUUGUGAAUAUUAACUUGUUUUCUUUGCGGUAUUGGAGGUCUGAAAUAAUAUACAGAGCAUAUUUUAUGUUAUUUUGACCCGUUUCUUCAGUUUUCAUUUUCUGCAAAUAACUGCAAAUAGAAACAAUAUUUUUAUUUGAAAUUUGGGAGAAAUAUUGUUAGUAGUUCACAGAACGAAACAAAAACGAUCAUUUCAAAAUGUUCUCUUAAUUUUUUCCGUAGCUGUAUAUCGUAUAAAAUACUUUGAUGGAAGCUUUGCGAUAGACGCCUUAGUCCAUAUUCACUUUCAUCACGUGUGAAAAGAAAACAUUUCCUGGUCAUAUAUAGGUUUAGAAUUACAUGAUGGUGAACAAAGAACAGAAAGUUUAUUUUUGGGUAAAUUCACCAAUGAGAAAGCAAUGACAUUCUCAACCGAUACUGUAUGUUUUUAUCAGUAGUAAACACACAAGGAGGUUCAGACCAGUGAUAGUUUGUUCUUACUAUAGUCACAGUGUAGUGGUUGACCGUCUGGGACCCGGUAUAAAUGAUCCUGAAAUGUGGACUUUGCGACCCUGAUCCAUCUUGCAUAGUGUUGGAUCAAUGCACAUCCAAGUCUGUAACUAAUGCAUGCUUAAGAUGCUCAGCACAUGUUCAUCAACUCUGGUGCACUUUUACACUCGUGUUUAUCGUACUGUGACGACUGGUUUCAAGGCAGAAUAUUUCUAUGCCAGUUUGCAUGCAAAUUUUGAUAACGAUGAACCAGAGGUUACGUCAGGCUUCCAAAGACCACCUUUCAAGAUUUAAUGGGUUCUUUUGUGGUUCUCAGUGGUGUUUGAGGGGUUGUUUGUAUAGAAGCAAUUGAGCUUUAGAUGUAUUCAGUUGUGUCCAGUGUUACUUAUUAUAAACAGGACGGUUGUAACAGCAGUGGGACGGGCGGAACCAGGCGAUGCAGGGGAACGUUCCCAAAAUGCAGGCGUUCAGGUGGUUUUAGGUGAAUAACAUUGUUUUGUUUUUGAUUUUGUGUUUCUGACUUUUGAAUUUGACCAUUGAAGUGGUCAUUAUUAAUGUCCCAAUGCAUUCAUUCUGGGUAAUUCUUCAGUUUUCACGUUGUUGCUAAGCAUUUUGUUCAACUCACAGUGAUGUGCCAUUAAACUCUUUUGAAUGUCUGUGUGGUUGAGUGUAAACGUCACAAUAAAUGAACAAAUCUACUACUUUAGAGUUUACUAGAUUUGACUAAGAAACAUUGGCAUGUUCUGGCCAUUUCCGGGGCUAGUUUAUAUGUUAAUUAUACCAUGGUCUUUUUGAAUACUCGAUUCUGAUUGGCUGGAAGGUGUGCAUUAAAACCCUUUCACGCACAGGUAGCUCCAGUAAGUUUGAUUACAUUUGAAAUUUAACUGACAAAUUCGCUGUCAUUUUCACGUGUUUGAUCUAAAAUUCCACUCUAAACCUCAAUAAAAGAUUUAACUUGGCAAAUGACCAUGGUAUAAGCGGGAUAAUCCACAGCUAGCCAUGUGUUAAAGGAUUUGGUUCUUAGCCUCCACAUCGUGCAUUAAAACCCUUUAGGGGCAGUCGUGGCGUAAUGGUUAGCGAGUCGGACUCGUGACCAGAAGGUUGCCAGUUUGAUUCCCAGGGUAACGACUGAUGUGCCCUUGAGCACCUUACCCCUACUUGCUCCCCGGGCGCUGCAGUGAUAGCUGCCCACUGCUCCGGGGGUAUGUGUGUUCACCACUUGCUGUGCGUCUGUUCACUACUCUCUGGAUGGGUUAAAUGUAGAGGUCACAUUUCGGGUAUGGGUCACCAUAUCUGACUAAUAGGUCACUUUCACUUCACACUUUCACUCACUUUCACUUUAACGCACGGCUAGCUGUGGAUUAUUUACAAAUCGAAUUUCAUCUCCUUCAUAAAUUGAAUAUAUGAAAUCAUAUAAAGCACUGCUCAUGUUUUAUAUUUGCUUUUUACGGUGAAUUGUAAAUCAGAAAUAUUGAGUGUGCGAGGAGGCUGUUCUUUUUUCAAUACAUUCAUGUGUGUUUUGAGCCAUGGAUUUUCUAGUCAAAUCGUUUGUUCAUGUAAAUACAAUUGAAUCACACUUUGUAUUUUCUGUGUGGUGAAAUGCAAUAAAGAAAUCAAACCCUUCUGAUAA